AUAAAUAGAGAGAGGAGGUAUCAAGGGUUGGAAAAGGAGGGAGAGAAAGAGGAUUCGAGGGUGGCCUCGUUUAGCAACAAAGAAACCCUCUUUACUCUUUUUCUUCUCCUCUAGGGUUUAACAUUUCUUCACUUCUUUCUCUUCGCAUCCCUGCAAUGAGUAACGACAAGGCUACCUUCAAUGUCACCGAUCUCACUUCUGCUCUCAAUGAGGAGAACAGAGCAGACCUUGUCAAUGCUCUUAAGAGCAAGAUACAGAGUCUGGCUGGGCAGCACUCCGAUGUUCUAGAGUCCCUUACUCCUAAUGUGAGGAAGCGUGUUGAGUUUCUCAGAGAGUUACAGGGUCAGCUCGAUGAAAUGGAGGCAAAAUUUUUUGAGGAGAGAGCAGCUCUUGAGGCCAAAUACCAAAAUUUGUAUCAACCGCUGUACACAAAGCGCUAUGAUAUAGUUAAUGGUGUUACUGAUGUUGAAGGGAUAGCAAAUGAAACAACACCUGAUACUGAAGAGGAUAAAGAGAAUGGAGUGCCUGCAUUUUGGCUCACUGCAAUGAAGAAUAAUGAAGUGUUAGCUGAGGAGAUUUCGGAGCGCGAUGAAGGUGCUCUCAAGUUUCUCAAAGAUAUCAAGUGGAGCAGGAUUGAAAACCCUAAAGGAUUCAAGCUUGAUUUUUUCUUUGAUUCCAAUCCUUAUUUUACAAAUUCUGUUUUGACAAAAACAUAUCAUAUGAUUGAUGAGGAUGAACCAAUAUUGGAGAAAGCAAUUGGGACUGAAAUUCAGUGGCUCCCAGGAAAAUGCUUGACCCAGAAGCUUCUUAAGAAAAAGCCUAAGAAGGGUUCAAAGAAUGCUAAACCAAUUACCAAAACUGAGAACUGUGAGAGCUUCUUCAAUUUCUUCAAUCCACCACAAGUUCCUGAAGAUGAUGAGGACAUUGAUGAAGAUAUGGCUGAGGAGCUUCAGAAUCAGAUGGAACAAGACUAUGACAUUGGGUCAACAAUAAGAGACAAGAUUAUCCCCCAUGCUGUAUCAUGGUUUACUGGGGAGGCCAUUCAGGGAGAGGGAGAAUUUGACUUGGAGGAUGACGACGAUGAUGAUGAAGAUGUUGAAGAGGAUGAUGAUGAAGAGGAGGAGGAAGAUGACGAUGAAGAAGAAGAUGAUGACGACGACGAAGAUGAGGAAGAAAGCAAGACUAAAAAGAAGUCAUCAGCACGCAAGAAGAGCGGAAGAGCACAGCUUGGUGAUGGUCAGCAGGGUGAGCGUCCUCCAGAGUGCAAGCAACAGUAGAAUUUAAUUUCUACGGAGGGUUAUUUAUGCAGUUGAGUUUCAUUGGUGUACGAUGAUGUCUGAUGCAAAAGAGGAUUUCAUGUGGUUUUAAAUCAUGCCUAAUUCAUCUUCCUCCGUAAAUCUUGGUUGUCUGAUUUUGUUGAGUUCCUUUCUCCUAUUUUCCGCCCGUUUCGAGAGAAUGUGGUUUACCUAGUUAGGAUACUGUGAUUUGUUAUUGCUGGAUUUGGACGUCGGUGUCGUAUACUUGAAAUAUAUAGUUUGUGCUUCGUCAACUAUUUAGUAUUUUUUCCUUGCAUUUAACAACUUUUUCAUAGCUCUCGUCGUC